UACAACAACAACUACAGAUGCUUCCACAACCACAAGUGUAGCACCUACUACAUCAAUCCCAACUGCAGGUCCUACUAUCAUUUUACCUCAAUCGACAAUCACAACAACAUCCACUACAACAACUGUAGCUCCUACAAUGUCAAUCUCAACUGCAGGUCCUACUACCAAUUUAACUCCAAUGACAACCACGACUGAAGCUCCUACAGACAUCAUAACUGUAGCUCCUAUGCCCCCCACGAUUGCAACUUCAACUGUUGAAUCACCUACAACAACAACUACAGAUGCUUCCACAACCACAACUGCAAGUCCUACUACCAUUUUGACUCCUAAGACAAUCACAACUGAAGCUCCUACAGAAAUCACAACUGUAGCUCUUAUGACCCCCACAAUUGCAGCUUCUACUUCAACAACUGUUGCUCCCACGACCACAACUGCAGCAGCUCCUAUAACAACAACUGUAGAUGCUUCCAUAAACACAACAGCAGCACCUACUACGUCAAUCACAACUGCAUAUCCUACUAACAUUUUAACUCCAACGACAAGCACAACUGAGGCUCCUUCAAAUGUCACUACUGUUGCUCCUUUGAACCCCACAAUUGCAGCUGCUUCUUCAACAACUGUAGCUCCCACGAUCAUGACAACUGCAGAAGCUCCUACAACAACAACUGCAGCUGCUUCUACAUUUACUACUGCAUCCCCUACUGCAACCACAACAGAAGCUCCUUUUACAACAACUGUAGCACCAAUGACUUUAGGAACAACAGUCCCAACAACAACUGCAGCUAAUUCCUCAACUUUAGCUACUUCAAUGCCAAUCCCAACUGCAGCUCCUACAACAACAACUCUUGCUCCUACGACCUCGACAACUUCAGCACCAACUACUUUAUUCACAACUGCAGGUCCUACUACCAUUUUACCUCCUUCGACAACCACAACAACAUCCACUACAGCAACUGUAGCUCCUACAAUGUCAAUCUCAAUUGCAGGUCCUACUACCAAUUUAACUCCAACGACAACCUCAACUGAAGCUCCAACAGACAUCACAACUGUAGCUCCUAUGCACCCCACAAUUGCAACUUCAACUGUUGAAUCACCUACAACAACAACUACAGAUGCUUCCACAACCACAAGUCCUACUACCAUUUUGACUGCUAAGACGAUCACAACUGAAGCUCCUACAGAAAUCACAACUGUAGCUCUCAUCUUCUACUUCAACAACUGUUGCUCCCACGACCACAACUGCAGCAGCUCCUAUAACAACAACUGUAGAUGUUUCCACAACCGCAACUACUUCAAUGCCAAUCCCAACUGCAGCUCCUACAACAACAACUCUUGCUCCUACGACCUCGACAACUUCAGCACCAACUACUUUAUUCACAACUGCAGGUCCUACUACCAUUUUACCUCCUUCGACAACCACAACAACAUCCACUACAGCAACUGUAGCUCCUACAAUGUCAAUCUCAAUUGCAGCAUCACCUACAACAACAACUACAGAUGUUUCCACAACCACAAGUGCAGCACCUACUACAUCAAUCCCAACUGCAGCUUCUACUUCAACAACUGUUGCUCCCACGACCACAACUGCAGCAGCUCCUAUAACAACAACUGUAGAUGUUUCCACAACCGCAAGUGCAGCACCUACUACAUCAAUCCCAACUGCAGCUUCUACUUCAACAACUGUUGCUCCCACGACCACAACUGCAGCAGCUCCUAUAACAACAACUGUAGAUGUUUCCACAACCGCAAGUGCAGCACCUACUACAUCAAUCCCAACUGCAGGUCCGACUACCAUUUUGACUCCUAA